GGGGGAGGGAAGUCUUAAAUGGAGGCCUGUGGCCUGCUAGCAAACGCAUUUGGCUUCUCUUAGGGAUGGCUCUUGCUCGCCCGAGCCUCACAAAGAUAAUCGCUCAGGAAGUGUUUCAGCCAAUCCGCGGCGGCUUUACACUCCGAUUGGCCGAGGCAGCCAAUCGGGGAUGAGCUUUUAUUAGGCGGCCAGAUCAUCAGCCGAAGUGCCAAACCCUUUUUCUGUGAGAACUAGGAGCCUGUCCUCCAUGUUUUAUAAGUAUUGACAUUACACAGUUAACAAUGCAUCCACAGAGUCCCAAAUCUGCCAGCCUGUCCUCUCCUCCUAACUGAGGAAAAGUGAGACGUUUGCUUGAACCGUGUGGUGGCUUGGCUGAAGAGGAAAUAAAAACUGAGCAGGAGGUGGUGGAGGGAAUGGAUAUCUCUACUCGCUCUAAAGAUCCUGUCUCUACAGAGAAAACGGCCCCGAAACGGAAGUUCCCCAGCCCUCCACAUUCCUCCAAUGGCCAUUCACCCCAAGACUCAUCCACAAGCCCCAUUAAAAAGAAAAAGAAACCCGGCUUACUGAACAGUACCAAUAAGGAGCAGUCAGAGCUAAGACAUGGUCCGUUUUACUAUGUGAAGCAGCCACUCACCACAGACCCUGUUGAUGUUGUACCGCAGGACGGACGGAAUGACUUCUAUUGCUGGGUUUGUCACCGGGAAGGACAAGUCCUUUGCUGUGAGCUCUGUCCCCGGGUUUAUCACGCUAAGUGUCUGAGACUGACAUCGGAACCAGAGGGGGACUGGUUUUGUCCUGAAUGUGAGAAGAUUACAGUAGCAGAAUGCAUCGAGACGCAGAGCAAAGCCAUGACCAUGCUGACCAUUGAACAGCUGUCCUACCUGCUCAAGUUUGCCAUUCAGAAAAUGAAGCAGCCAGGGACAGAUGCAUUCCAGAAACCAGUCCCAUUGGAGCAGCACCCGGACUAUGCAGAAUAUAUUUUCCACCCCAUGGACCUUUGUACAUUGGAAAAGAAUGCAAAAAAGAAGAUGUACGGCUGCACAGAAGCCUUCCUGGCCGAUGCCAAGUGGAUCCUACACAACUGCAUCAUUUAUAAUGGGGGAAACCACAAGUUGACGCAGAUAGCAAAAGUGGUCAUCAAAAUCUGUGAGCACGAGAUGAAUGAGAUUGAAGUCUGUCCGGAAUGCUACCUUGCUGCUUGCCAAAAACGAGACAACUGGUUCUGUGAGCCCUGUAGCAAUCCGCACCCUUUGGUCUGGGCCAAACUGAAAGGGUUUCCAUUCUGGCCAGCGAAAGCUCUGAGGGACAAAGACGGGCAGGUUGAUGCCCGUUUCUUUGGACAACACGACAGAGCCUGGGUUCCAGUCAAUAAUUGCUACCUCAUGUCUAAAGAAAUCCCCUUUUCUGUGAAAAAGACUAAAAGUAUCUUCAAUAGCGCCAUGCAAGAGAUGGAAGUUUACGUGGAGAACAUACGGAGGAAGUUUGGGGUUUUUAAUUACUCCCCGUUCAGGACGCCCUACACUCCCAAUAACCAGUACCAAAUGCUGCUCGAUCCCAGCAACCCCAGCGCCGGCACUGCCAAGACAGACAAACAGGAGAAGGUGAAGCUCAAUUUCGACAUGACGGCGUCCCCCAAGAUCAUCCUGAGCAAGCCCCUUCUGAGCGGGGGCGCCGGCCGCAGGAUCUCCCUGUCCGACAUGCCUCGCUCCCCCACCAGCACGAACUCUUCCGUACACACGGGCUCCGACGUGGAGCAGGACCCCGAGAAGAAGGCCCUAUCCAGCCACUUCAGCGCCAGCGAGGAGUCCAUGGACUUCCUUGAUAAGAGUACAGCUUCUCCAGCCUCCGCCAAGACAGGGCAAGCAGGGAGCUUGUCUGGCAGCCCGAAACCUUUCUCUCCUCAAGCGCCGACGCCCAUCAUGACGAAAACGGAAAAGACCUCCACCUCCACCACGGGGAGCAUCCUCAACCUGAACCUGGAUCGAAGCAAAGCGGAGAUGGACCUGAAGGAGCUGAGCGAGUCGCUCCAGCAGUCAGCUCCUGUGCCUCUCAUCUCUCCAAAGCGGCAGAUUCGAAGCCGGUUCCAGCUCAACCUGGACAAGACCAUAGAGAGCUGCAAGGCCCAGCUAGGCAUAAAUGAGAUCUCGGAGGAUGUUUACACGGCCGUGGAGCACAGCGAUUCUGAGGAUUCCGAGAAGUCAGAGAGCAGUGACAGUGAGUACGUCAGUGAUGAGGAACAGAAGCCCAAGAACGAGCCAGAGGACCCCGAGGACAAAGAGGGGAGUCGGGUGGACAAAGAGGCCCCUGCCAUCAAAAGGAAGCCCAAGGCGCCAAGCCAGGUGGAGGUCAAAGAGGAAGGAAAGGGUAACUCACCCGUGAGCGAGAAGGCGGACCCCUCGCCCGCCAAGGACAAGCCCAGCCCCGAGCCCGAGAAGGACGCAGAGAAAGCGAAGCCGUCACCACACCCCACAAAGGACAAACUGAAGGGGAAGGAUGAGACAGAUUCUCCCACAGUGCACCUGGGCUUGGAUUCGGACUCAGAGAGCGAACUUGUCAUAGACUUGGGAGAAGAUCCUUCUGGGCGGGAGGGUCGAAAAAGCAAGAAAGAGCCCAAGGUGCCGUCGCCCAAGCAAGAUGCCAUAGGUAAACCGCCACCGCCCACCUCGGCAGGCAACCAGUCUCCCCCAGAGACGCCGGUUCUCACCCGCUCGGCCACACAAGCCCCCGUGGCCGGGGUCACCGUGGCCGCUACCACCAGCACGAUGUCGACCGUCACGGUCACAGCGCCGGCCACCGCCGUCACGGGAAGCCCGGUGAAGAAGCAGAGGCCGCUCUUACCGAAGGAGACCGUCCCAGCCGUGCAGCGGGUCGUGUGGAACGCAUCAAGUAAGUUUCAAACGUCCUCCCAAAAGUGGCACAUGCAGAAGAUACAGCGCCAGCAGCAGCAGCAGCAGCAGCAGCAACAGCAGCAGCAACAGCAGAGCCAGCAGCAGCAGCAACAGCCUCAGUCUACCCAGGGGACGAGAUAUCAGACCAGACAGGCCGUGAAAGCUGUCCAGCAGAAGGAGGUCACCCAGAGCCCAUCCACGUCCACCAUCACGCUGGUGACCAGCACACAGCCCGCAGCCCUGGUCAGCAGCUCGGGCUCUGCAAGCACCUUGGCAUCCGCCAUCAACGCCGAUCUUCCCAUUGCCACUGCCUCAGCCGACGUGGCCGCAGACAUUGCCAAGUACACCAGCAAGAUGAUGGAUGCCAUAAAAGGGACAAUGACGGAAAUCUACAAUGACCUCUCCAAGAACACCACCGGGAGCACGAUAGCUGAGAUCCGAAGGCUGAGGAUUGAGAUCGAGAAGCUGCAGUGGCUGCACCAGCAGGAGCUCGCUGAGAUGAAGCACAACCUGGAGCUGACCAUGGCUGAGAUGCGGCAGAGCCUGGAACAGGAGCGGGACCGGCUCAUCGCUGAGGUGAAGAAGCAGCUGGAGCUGGAGAAGCAGCAGGCGGUGGACGAGACCAAGAAGAAGCAGUGGUGUGCCAACUGCAAGAAGGAGGCCAUCUUCUACUGCUGCUGGAACACCAGCUACUGCGACUACCCCUGCCAGCAGGCCCACUGGCCCGAGCACAUGAAGUCCUGUACCCAGUCGGCCACUGCCCCUCAGCCGGAAGCAGACGCCGAGGCAAGCACAGAAACAGGAAAUAAGUCGACGCAGGGCAGCUCCUCUAACACACAGUCAGCACCUUCAGAACCAGCCAGCACCCCCAAAGAGAAAGAGGCACCAGCGGAGAAGAGCAAGGACACUAACUCGACCCUGGACCUUUCUGGCUCCAGAGAGACGCCCACCUCCAUGCUCUUAGGCUCCACCCAAGGCUCUGUUAGCAAGAGGUGUGACAAGCAGCCUGCCUAUACCCCAACCACUACAGACAACCAGCCGCACCCCAACUACCCAGCCCAGAAGUACCAUUCCCGGAGCAGCAAGGCGGGUCUGUGGAGCAGCAGCGAGGAGAAGCGAGGGUCAUCCCGCUCCGAGCACAGCGCAGGGACGAAGAGCCUUACGCCCAAAGAGUCCCGGGAGUCGCGGCUAGACACCUUCCCCUGGGACUAGGGGCGUGUCCUGAGCCAGACCCCUACCUGCGGCGGGGGAAAGACUUAAACAACAGGAAGCAACAGAAACUGGAGAACACGCCACCUUCGGAAUUCCCAACACUCAGGCUCUGCCCGUGGGCUUGGCUGCAGGACAGCAACUUGACUGCAUCCCAAGGCUGGGAUGGCUCCACCCUGUGGGCCAAACACUCUAGGUGUAAGUAGGUACUCUGUGACGUCACUGACCUAGCGUACCUUUCCUUUUCAUAUCUAUACUGACCUUAACUUAUAAAAAAAAGGAAAAGAAAAUCAAGUUAUUUAUAUAUAUAUAUAUACAUAUAUAUAUGUAUAUAUGUGUAUAUAUAUAUAUUCGACAAUUAAAAGAAUGUUUUGAUAAUCCACGGGCUGGUUCGUUAGCCCGCUGGCCUCACUGUGGUGUCAGGGCUGGGCCCCGGGAUUGCUUUUCUCACAUAGGCCCCUGUGCUCGCAUACCCAGAGAAAGGAGCCACUGUCGCCGCAGAAUACCAUGAUCCGGGCUCUUGGGCUGUGCUGCCCGGACCCGCCACACCAAGCCAUCGGCCCCUCGCCGACCCUACCAGACGAUGUUAGGAAACACAGGCUUGCUGGGCUCGAAGGACACAGAGAGAAGUGUGUGUGUGCGUGGGUGGUGUGUUUCCCUCCCGAGAGGGCCAAGCAGCCUCCUGUUUAUAGAAGGUCCACAUGAACAAUCCCUGUGGCGAGCGAAGACGGCGUUCGUUUGUUCGUUCGUUCGUGCAGGGGAGACCCCUUCUCUCGGCCGAGUUUUUUUUCCCAUGAGCACUCACACAGGUUUGUGAAGAUGUGCUUCUCAGAAGCAAGGACUCAAAAGGCAAGAUGUGCACGGGGAGGCCACGCGAGCCCGGGGAUGGAGCAUGUAUGUAUUAUUUAUCUGCUGGAGUUCUACGUUUUUUUUAUGUAAGCAUGAAACACAGGCAGUGAGAGAGGAAGCCAGGACCCGACAUGCUGCCCGCUACCGCCGCGUCUGCUGUAGUUCCAUUUUGUAUGUUGUGUAAAACAAGCAUCAGUCGAAGCAAGAGGUGAUGUGUGUAUAUCAGAAAAGAAAUUAAUUGUAUAUCAUUCCAGUACAUUCCGUUGUACAUUUUAGUCUCCGUUUACUUUCUCUUCAUUGUUGAUAAGAGGAUACGAGCUGCACACUGUCCAGCUAGUUUACCCCUGCUAGAGAAGAAAGGAAGAAACGCUAGAAGAAAACAGGAGAGAAAAUUUGUGAAUUACGGUCGUCAAAAAAACAAAACAAAACAAAAAAAACCAAUCUAGCCUAGCUGGCCUUAUUUGGGAAGCGUAACUGCUUUUAGCAUAUGGGAGUAUUUUUUCACAUUUUCUUUGUAUAAAAUUUGUAUUAAACUUAAAUAUCUUUUUUGA